AUGGCAAGCGUGCUCAUCGCCGGCGUCGGCGUCACCAUCGUCACCUACUUCAUCUACCUUGUCCUCUUUCGAAAGCGCCGCGUCCAUGACCUCCCGCCCGGCCCCAAGCCAGUGCCGCUCCUGGGCAACGUCAGAGACCUUCCGCCCGGCGGCGUGAGCGAGUUCCGGCACUGGCUUCCCCAUAAAGACUUGUACGGCCCAAUAAGUUCCGUCAGGGUGCUCAGCCAGACGAUUGUCAUUCUCCACGAUCGUGAUGCGGCACACGAGCUGCUGACAAAGAUGUCCUCCAAAUCUUCGGAUCGUCCGACGUCAGAGUUCGCCAACAACCUCUGCGGCUAUGGACGCUUGUUUGUGCUCGGAGGAGACGACGAGCGCUUUCGACGUUGUCGAAAAAUGGUACACCAACACAUUGGUACGAAAGCCUCGGCUGCUCGGUUCGACGACACCCAGAACCUGGCGACGCACGAGUUUCUGCUGCGGGUGUUGCUUGAGCCCUCUGACUUGUUCAAGCACCUAGACGACCUCGCCGGCGCUUCCGUGUUGAGAAUCACCUACGGCUACACGAUCAGUAAAGGCCCGAAAGACCCCCUCGUCGAGCUCAUUCAGCUGUCGUCAAGCCAGCUUGGUCUAGCCGGGAGUCCAGGGGCUUGGGCCGUGGAUGCUGUCCCGGCCCUCAAAUACCUGCCGGACUGGUUCCCAGGGACCGGCUUCAAGCAGACUGCGCGGCAGUUCAGAAAAGUGGCCGAGCAAAUGGCCCAGGUCCCGUACGAGUUUGUCCUGCGGCAAAUGGCCGCCGGGACGCACAAGACCUCGUUUGUGUCAAGGCUCGUCCAAGAACAUGACGAGAAAUCCAACAGCACAGCGCUGACUCCGAGAGACGAGGACGAGAUCAAGAACACGGCCGCGGUCAUGUACCUCGGAGGCUCGGAGACCAUAGCCACUGCCAUGCGCGUCUUCGUCCUAUGCAUGAUACUGUUCCCACAGGUCCAGCGCAAGGCUCAGAAGGAGAUGGAUGAGGUCCUGGGGCCAUGCCGGCUCCCGAGUCCGUCGGAUCGCCAACGCCUGCCCUACAUGGACGCCUUGGUCAAGGAGGCCUACCGGUGGUCGCCGGCAAUCCCGCUGGGCCUGGCGCACGCCACGUCGGAAGAGGUCGUGUGCAGUGGGUAUUUCGUCCCCAAAGGCUCCAUCAUACUGCCUUGCGUGUGGUGGUUUUUCCACGAUCCCAGCGUCUAUCGAAAUCCAGACGACUUCGAGCCGGAACGAUAUCUUGAGCCCCGGAACGAGCGCGACCCGCGUCUGGAUGCCUUUGGCUACGGCCGCCGCAUGUGUCCUGGCAGGUAUCUUGCUGACACUCUUCUUUUCCUCACGUUCGCGCAGCUCCUCGCUUCCUUUACUAUCCGCGAAGCCGUCGACGAGCAGGGCAAGGGCGUCCGCCCAGAACUGGCACUCGGCUCUGGAAUUGCCUGCUUCCCAAAGGAGUUUCCGUAUGCGAUUACGCCGAGGAGCGCGGCCCACGCGGACACGAUUCGGCGCCUGGAUGCGAAUCGGUUGGGAAAGACGGCUGAUUCUGACCGUCUUGAGAUUGAAGCACUCAUGCGUAGAUGGGAUGGAUGA